CGUUUAGUAGCAAUUUGUACUCCCUCGUGUUGAAGCGCCGUUGAUCGCCGUCGUCUUCGUCUAUCCAAGUCACACCGUGGUUCUUGGCUGUCUGUCAUUCCGGUUUCCGUGUAUGUGUGUGUGUUUGUGGGUGUGUGCAGUGCAUAUUGUCCCACACAAUUUCCCCAUUGCGGAGCUUGCCAGACCUCUGCGUCUAUCCGUCGUCGGUUUUCGUGCCGUUCGCGAAGUAUUCGAAUAGUUGCAUUACUUGAAGUGCAGAUUGCGGUGCAUAAGAGUUCAUUGGCGGUUACUCGGGAAUUGGAUGCAAUCAGAUAGCAACCACGCUACAGUUGUCGUCGUCGUCGACUUCGUUAGUUGCCGAGAGUAUGCGUCACGUUUGAGACUUGUGUGACUUCGGAUUGAUGCGUUCGCUAAUUAGCUAAUUAAUUCUGGUCUACCGUAAAGCUGGCUAGUUCUCGCCGGUCGUUGAGGUAAUCCGACCUUAUUCAGUGUCUGAUUCCGCUGCCAGUAGUGUGCAUAUGUGCUGAAUUGUAAUUAAUUGUCUAGUCGCGGGGAACCUGAGCAAAGCGGAAAAAAAGGUGCAGUGUCGAUAAUCCUCACUACUGCACAAGAGCUUUACGGUGCAGUGAUAUAUUGUGCGGUGUUGUCCGGGAUCUGUUGAACCCCACGCGUAAACGACUACGUCAACUGCUCCCAUUUAAGGCGUGAGCAAGUAUUACUCAUAUAUAGUUUUGCCGUGCGGCCGUUCAAUCUGUACGGCAGGAAAAUUUGCAUGAAUAACUGAGUGCUGCUAAUCAGAACCAAUAUCGAGUGUCACCGUCGUCAGUGUUGAGUGUCUAUCCGUAUUACGCCACAUAGUGUUGCAAAGUAGAGUAUCGUGUUCAACGUGUGCGAGUCGUUUCGAAAUUUGAUCCAAUCUAUGCUGUAUCGUAUCAUAACUUCAAUGCAUCAUUAUACCUUCAAUAGUCGUAGCUCCAGUUGUCGUAGAUUACAUGCUGUAAAUCCAUUUAACGUGAACAAUUGUUAGGCAGUGUACAAAGCCUACGUCGUUGAAACCGUGAAUAGUGUCAAACAGACAAAUAUCAGUGAAAAUCUUUGACCACAUCUGUUUAACCUCCCAGUUUUCUGCUAUUGAUCCCACCCGUGCAACGCUACGAAGUCGAGUGAAAGAUUAUCAAAACAAAUCACUACCGGAUCGACCUUUCGCCGAUGCCUCCCAGUGAGUGGCUUCCAAAAACCCCGAAGAGUAAUGGUGUUUAAAAAUUAAUCCCAGCAAAAGUGAUAAAGAUUUAUUCUCCUUCGCACCGCUGUGAGCUGCUGUCAUUGUUGGAAAGCAGAAGAACAGGGAGCGUAGUGUUCAGAAUCGUGUCAGUGGCAACAAGCAGUGAAAGUUUGUAAGUGGAAGAUAUCCCGCGGUUCUACCGUUUGUGAAUAGAGAACCGCAGGAGUGAAGAAUUAAUUAUUAAUUGACGCGAGGAAGCCUCCCGAAUUUCGUGGUGUGUGCACAGCUGGUUGAAAUUCGGUGUCUGUAGGUUCUGGAAGAGAGAAAACAGAAAAACAGAAGAAGCAGAACUUCGAACACCUCGAACAACUGGAGAGGCAGAAGUAGUGCCGAACAGCAGUCGUCGACUGGUUUUGUUGUUUGAUUUUUUUCUUGCCUUACCCGCCAGAGGUGAGGUGUGUCGAGUGGGCAACGCGGGAACGCGUUUUAAUCGAUCAGGAUUGAGCCUCCUAUGUACAUCAAGAAGGAGUCGAAGAAGGAAGGAGUAACAAUGCGUGAGAAAAAAGGAGGUGCCCUUCAGAAGCUAAAAAAGCGGUUAUCGCACAGCUUUGGUCGAUUAUCGAUAUCACGAGAAGAGAACGACGAUAAUAGCACACAGCACAAUAACCAUCACCAUCCCCACCACCUGCACCACCACCACGGUCAUGGCCACAAUCGUGGCAGUAAAGUGCCCUUCAAUGGAUACACAUCCGAGGAGUAUCUGGACCGGUUGGAGCCAAAUGGAAACAUUCCCGUCGACAAAACCUACAACAAACAUUGGAACCGGGUGGGUGACCAUGAACGAGUGCACCGGCAGCUGUCCGUGUCGUCCGACAGCAAACUCCUAGACGAAGACAUUCGGGAAGAAACACGUGUGAUAAUGCGACCUAAGAAACCGCCUCGGCCCAAAUCCGAGGUGUUCCUCAACAAACACGACCUGCAUCCCCGGCGAAAGCGGUUUAGUGCAUUUGGGGGUGACUCCCCUUUCGGCAAAUCAGAAGCUUACAUCAAAUUAGAACAACUUGGAGAAGGGUCUUAUGCAACGGUAUUUAAGGGUUAUAGCAAUUUAACGAAUCAAGUGGUGGCGUUGAAGGAAAUCAGGUUACAGGAAGAGGAAGGUGCGCCAUUCACGGCGAUCCGGGAGGCGUCCCUGCUGAAAGAACUGAAACAUUCGAACAUUGUGACACUGCACGAUAUCGUACACACGAGGGAAACGCUGACGUUUGUGUUUGAGUUUGUGAAUACCGACCUUUCGCAGUACAUGGAACGGCAUCCGGGUGGGCUGGACCAUCGGAACGUGCGGUUGUUCCUGUUUCAGCUACUGCGGGGCCUCUCCUAUUGCCAUAAGCGACGAGUCCUGCACCGGGACGUGAAACCUCAGAACCUGCUCAUCAGCGAGAUGGGUGAACUGAAGCUGGCCGAUUUCGGGCUGGCCCGUGCCAAGAGUGUUCCAAGUCAUACGUACUCGCACGAGGUUGUUACGCUGUGGUAUCGACCUCCAGAUGUACUACUAGGGAGUACCGAGUAUUCAACCUCGCUAGACAUGUGGGGCGUCGGGUGCAUUUUUGUAGAAAUGAUCACUGGUAUGCCAACGUUCCCCGGUAUCCGGGACACGUAUGAUCAGCUUGACAAGAUCUUCAAAAUCCUCGGAACGCCCACGGAGGAAACGUGGCCGGGUGUGACGCAUUUACCGGGCUAUAAGCUUCAUAUGUUAGGUUUCUUCAAGUCCCGCAAGUUAGGUUUAAGUUUUCCCCGUCUGUACGAUAUUAUCGAGGGUGAAAUGAUGGCUAGUGCUUUCCUACAACUGAACCCAGACAAUCGGAUAAGCGCCGAUGAGGCGCUUCGACAUCCGUAUUUUGCUCCGUUGCCAAAAAAGUUGUAUGAACUUCCGGAUGAAACGUCCAUCUUCACGGUGGAAGGUGUGUACCUGCAUCCGGAGCCGAAUCGCCACCACCAACACCAUAAAUGAGAGUUAAGACAAAGUAAAACCCUAGAUGCAAUACGUUAUUAUUGUUAGUAGUGAAUGCACGUGCACAAUGUGCCACCCCCCGUUCUGCGUUCUGUGAUCUUGAAACAUAAAACAAAUGUGUGUGUAAGAGUACUGAGGAGAGAUAGAUGAAGAGCAAAUGCCGCGAUGACGCGCGACUUUCCGCGCAAUGGAUUCAACGUUCUUUGUGGUAAAUGCGUUACGCAGUUGUUACAAAGUUGAAGUUGAAUUAAGUUUAUGAAAAUACCGAGUAUUGCCACUAGAGACUCCUUCUGGACUGCUCUUGUGAGAAUAAGAAGACACGACGAACGAAACAAUGAGUAACACUUUGUGGAUUACAAAAAAAAACACUGAAACUAGGCAAAAUGAGGACCAGCAUACGGCGCAACGAGUGGAGUAUUCUUAUAACCAUGCUACACUGAUAGAGGGACAUCAACAUGUGCUGCUGUCCAGUCCAGGCAGACCAUGCUAUAUCAAGUUAACUAGCUAAUCAGUAAUUAACCACCUAACUAAGGGAGGAAAACUACCACUUGAACAAACGAUAGCGGAGUUGUUAAAUCCAGUAGAAUCCUCCAACAGUGUAGAUGAAAUGAAAUUUGUCCAAACACAAGCAUUUCGAUUGCAAUUUUAACUAGAAAUCGAUCAUCAUCAUACAAGAGAGCAUCCAUUCUAAAUCAUCAUCAGUAGUAGCGCAAUCCUAGGUCGACUUUCAUUCAUUUCAAUUUUUAAUGCGAUCUUUUUACAUUAAUCUAAUUAACGCCAAGAAAAUGUAUUACUAGGUUGGAUUAUCUUUUUUUUUUGUAUAAUUUUUGCAUCCAACUUUCCCAAAUGUUUUAGUUAUAGUUACGUUUUAAAUUUCAUUUUUGAAUUAUGUUCAUUUAGAGGAAAAUGUAUUCAAUCAUCCAAUAAAUUUCACUUUGCAAAGUGAACCGUCACAUAGACAUGCAUGCAUGCAUGCGCAUCCUAGCGCGCGCAGGUUCUGUUCCUGUCGUUGAGAUCUCACCCGGAACUGGUGGAGAGACAUUUUGUGGAAUGGUAGAAUGAGCGAGCGAGUGAGAUUUUAGGAAAAAGUGAUUUCAGCAACAAAGAUAAGAGAAAAACCAUUAAAUGAA